GUUCCUCACUCUGAAGACAUGGUUCCUCACUCUGAUGACAAGGUUCUUCACACUGAGGAGAAGGGUCCGUACUCUGACAACAAGGUUCCCCACUCUGAGGACAAGGUUCCUCACUCUGAGGACAAGGUCCCUCACUCUGAGGAAAACUUUCCUCACACUGAGGACAAGGCUCCUCAUUCUGAGGACAAGGCUCCUCACUCUGAGGACAAGGUUCCUCACUCUGAGGACAAGGUUCCUCACUCUGAGGACAAGGUUCCUCACACUGAGGACAAGGUUCCUCACUCUGAGGACAAUGUUGCUCACUCUGAAGACAAGGUUCCUCACUGUGAGGACAAGGUUCCUCACUUUGAGGACAAGGUUCUUCACUAUGAGGACAAGGUACCUCACACUGAGGACGAGGUUCCUCACUCUGAGGACAAUGUUCCUCACUCUGAGGAGAAGCUUCCUCACUCUGAGGACAAGUGUCCUCACUCUGAAAGCUGGUUUCUCACUCUGAGGACAAGGUUCAUCACUGUGAGGACAAGGUUCCUCACUCUGAGGACAAUGUGCUUCACACUGAGGACAAAGUUCCUCACACUGAGAACAAGGUUCCUCAUUAUGAGGACAAGGUUCCUCACUCUGAGGACAAUGUUGCUCACUCUGAGGACAAGGUUCCUCACUGUGAGGACAAGGUUCCUCACUCUGAGGACAAGGUUCCUCACUCUGAGGACAAGGUUCUUCACUCUGAGGACAAGGUACCUCAAUCUGAGGACGAGGUUCCUCACUCUGAGGACAAGGUUCCUCAUUCUGAGGAGAAGGUUCCUCACUCUGAGGACAAGUGUCCUCACUCUGAAAGCAGGUUUCUCACUCUGAGGACAAGGUUCAUCACUGUGAGGACAAGGUUCCUCACUCUGAGGACAAUGUGCUUCACACUGAGGACAAAGUUCCUCACACUGAGAACAAGGUUCCUCAUUAUGAGGACAAGGUUCCUCACUCUGAGGACGAGGUUCCUCACACUGAGGACAAGGUUCCUCACUCUGAGGACAAUGUUCUUUACACUGAGGACAAG